AUGUCACAAACUACAGCUCCACCUCCCACUGCCGGUGCUUCUACUGCCGGAUCAACGAUGAUGAACCCUGCUGCUACUCAAGCCCAAGCUGGAGGACAACAAGAUGCAUUGGAUAAAGGCGUGGACUACGCUUUAGGUAAAUUGGGACACAAACAGAACGCUUCUACUACCGAAAAGAUUUCUGAUGGAAUUAGAUCUGGAUUCAAAAAGUUGACCGGCAGAGACAUCCCCAUCAAAGAUAAGCAAUGA